CCUGCUUUUCCGCCUAGGGUUGGACCCGGAAGAGGAGAUCAGUGGCAUUUAUUUCUAGAACAGCACUACUGCAAGCACUAACUACAUCAAGUGGGAGGGUUUCUCUCAGUUUAGGUACCCCCCAUCCACCUGUGGUGGGUGACAGCCAGAAUCUACUUACCUACCUACUUCGGAGUUGGUACUACUGUGUAUGGUACUCAGGUGAACACCGACGCAAUGGGUGGCAAGCAUUUAUUUUUUCUCCUUGUCGGAGUAUUUGGAGCGAGUCCUUGGAGUGCGGUGCCACCAAGUCGAUUCAAGGAAAGGAAAGCUCCCCCCGUCGCCCAGGCUUGGCCAACAUUUCGUCAGACGAGUUGGCGGGCUUGCAGGUUCAUGCGACUACCUGAGUCGCGGUUACUUCUCGGCCCCUCAAAGGAUGGUCAUAGGUCUUGCAGAGUCUAGGCGCAUACGUUGUAGGUCGGUAGGAGGAGCCAUGGGGACUAAUAAAAGCGUUGCGGGAUUUUCUUUUUCUGUUCGAGAAAACAAAAAAACAAAAAAACAAAAAAAAAGAACGCCAGAAAAACUCGAACCGUUGGGUCACCGUCAUGCCCUUCUUCCCC